AUGCCAAAAUUUUGCAAGCCACGCACUGUGCCCUAUGCUUUGCGGGAUAACGUUGAACAGGAGUUAUGUAAGCUAGAAGCAGAAGGUGUCAUCUCUCCUGUCAGUUACAGUGAAUGGGCAGCACCCAUUGUGUGUAUUCCCAAAAAGGGCAAUAGUGUAAGGAUAUGUGGAGACUACAAGGUUACUAUUAACCCUUGGUUGGAAGUAGAGCAGUAUCCUUUACCUCGAACACAGGAUUUGUUUGCCAAGUUGUCAGGAGGUCAGAGAUUCACUAAAUUAGAUUUGUCUCAAGCUUAUCAACAAGUACCACUAGAGGAAAGCUCCAAAAGAUACCUUACCAUAAAUACACCAAAAGGGUUGUAUACCUAUAAUAGGCUAUCUUAUGGGGUUGCUAGUGCUCCAGCCAUUUUUCAGAAAAUUAUGGAUCAAGUACUACAGGGCAUGGAUGGUGUAAUAUGUUAUCUUGAUGAUAUCUUGAUCACAGGAAGUGAUACGGAAAAGCACAUGACAGCUUUAGAAGGAGUUUUAAAGAGAUUGCAAGCAUAUAAUCUCAGAGUCAGACGAGAAAAAUGCUCUUUUUUCCAAAGCAGCGUAUCCUACUUAGGGCAUGUCAUUGAUAUGGAGGGUAUUCACCCCAUGAAAGAAAAGACUGAUGCCAUAGAAAGGGCUGCUGUUCCCACAAAUGUGACAGAACUCAGGUCUUUCUUAGAGUUACCUUUAGUCUUAGCGUGUGAUGCAUCUCCUGUAGGAGUAGGUGCAGUACUCUCCCACAGAAUGCGUGAUGGUGGUGAGAGACCUAUUGCAUUUGCUUCAAGGAUGCUGACAAAAAGUGAGCGCAACUACUCGCAAAUCGAAAAAGAGGCUUUAGGAUUGGUAUUUGGAGUAAUGAAAUUCCAUGAUUAUCUGUUUGGAAGACAGUUUACCUUAGUAACAGAUCAUAAGCCCCUGCUGAAAAUUCUAGGUCCUAAAACAGGGAUACCUACUCUCGCUGCAGCUAGAAUGCAAAGAUGGUCUUUGAUCUUGUCUGCAUACAAGUAUGAAAUCCAGUACAAGAGAUCAGAACAGCAUGGAAAUGCUGAUGCCUUGUCGAGGUUACCCAUGAACGAUGAUAAUGCCAUUAGGUCUAAUCCAGUGUAUAGGGUGUCUUAUCUCGAAGAAUUACCUGUCACUGCGAACGAAAUAACACAAGAAACCGAGUCUGACCCUGUGCUCAAAAGGGUUAAGGAACAUCAGCAGGGGGAAGAGACUGAGGAGGAGAACCAGACAGAGGUGACUGCAGACCUGAACCCUGAGACGGCGCCUGCGUCCUGA